UUCCAUUAUUAUUUGUCUUAGACAUAUGCAAGAAUUCGGUUUAAUUACAUAAUUAAAACCAACUCUUACACAAAACCGCCGUAAAUUAAGACAGAUUUCAGUCAGAAAUUUCAUUCCAAUCCAUUGAACGAAAACUCGUGAGUCAUUUCAUAUACAAUUUUGACAGUUCUAACUUCAUAACAUUGUGCAAGAGAAUUUUGCUGCAAGAAAACAAUCAGAUUAAAUUUUUCAGUAGAGAAGUUAAUUGAAAUUCACCUGAAAUUCGUUGAAUGUACUCUGGACCAAAAGGAAAUAAUCGCGCAUAAUCUUCAGCAUAUCACCUUGGUAAUGUAAAAUAGCAGCACAAACAAGUACAAAAAUCCACGUAGCACUCUAGAAAGAUCUGCAACAACCUCAAAGCUGCAAAGAAAAACAAAAGACAGAAUAAAUUAACUCACCAGAUCCCGUGUUGGUGUGAACAAAAAAAUGCUUAAUCACUACUUCAAUGUAGUUUAUUUAGCAUUACGACCUUUAAUCAAGUGGUUCUUGCACAAAUUCACGCGACUAUGUGAACUCCAAAGGCUCUGCUAUGGCAUCGAAGCGGGCGCCAAGCGUGUGAAAAAGGUCGAACGAAGUCUCGAGUUGUCUCGAACGCCUCAACUUCGCAAUUUACGAGUUCAUCUCGAUACGACAGUCGAACAUGGCAUCGAUGAAGUCGUUUUUAGGUCUGAAAUCACAAAUCGUGCUGUCAACACAAUCCUGCUAGUCAAACGAAUCAACCCAAAGGUGCAUUUAACGUUUCCCAAAAGUCUCGGGCAGUGCGUCGACAUGAUAUGGGGAUAUCGUCGCUUGUAUCACAUCGUCGAAGAAAUGCGAACGGAGCCAUAUGACGAAGAAAAUGAGGAACACGAGAAGAAACUAAUCGAGUUAUGGGAUCUUUUGAUGACAGAAACCCCGCUCGAAUCUCGCGUCACGAAACAAUGGCAAGACAUUGGCUUCCAAGGCGACGAUCCAAAGACAGAUUUUCGCGGCAUGGGCAUGUUAGGCUUGGAAAAUCUUCUGUACUUUGCGAGAAAGUAUCCCGGCACAGCGCGACAUUUGCUCUCUCAUUCGCAUCAUCCGCAUCACGGCUACACAUUUGCUGUUGUCGGCAUCAAUAUCACCAAUAUGGCAUAUCGGUUGUUCAAAAAUGGCGACGCGAAAACGCAUUUUUACAAUUUAUCCGAUAAAUUUCCGCGCAUUGAGAAUUUUCAUCAGUUUUAUUGCUAUUUGUUCUUUGAAUUUGAUCGGUAUUGGGUAGAAGCGAAGCCCAAAAGUAUUAUGGAGUUUAGCGAAGUGCACCGAAAAUUUGAACAUGACAUCCUCAGGGCGUUAGGAAAUAACAAAUGUUUGUUCAAAAUGAACAUGUCCAUCGAAAAUAUUUAACUAUAGGCCAAUUGUAAUAUCGGGAAAAAUCAUCUCGAAAAUUUAUUGAUAUUUUGCCAAUCGCGUACUAAUUUAUGUAAUUUCAUCAUUUGCUGAGCGAA